AUGAGUAGAUUUUUACAGGCUUCCAUUAUUUUACUCUUGCAGGCAUUUGGACAAUCAUUCUCAAUCCACCGCAAAGUGGCUGAAGAUGGUGAAACACGUGAAGAGACUCUCCUGCAGGAGUCUGCAUCAAAGGAAGCUUAUUACCUAGGGAAGAUCUUGGAGAUGCAAAAUGAGCUGAAACAGAGCAGGGCAGCGGUCACCAAGGUUCAAGCAGAGAAUGAGAGGCUCACUGCUAUCGUCCACGACCUGAAAGAGAAUAACGAAAUGGCAGAGCUGCAGAGAAUACGGAUGAAAGACGAAAUUCGAGAAUACAAAUUCCGAGAGGCAAGACUUCUUCAGGAUUACACAGAGCUUGAAGAAGAAAAUAUCACUUUGCAAAAACUGGUGUCCACACUGAAACAGAACCAAGUUGAAUAUGAAGGUUUAAAGCAUGAGAUUAAACGAUUUGAGGAGGAGACAGUAUUGCUUAAUAGCCAGCUAGAAGAUGCCAUCCGAUUGAAGGAGAUCGCCGAACAUCAGCUGGAGGAAGCCCUGGAGACUUUAAAAAAUGAAAGGGAGCAAAAAAACAAUCUGAGGAAGGAACUCUCCCAGUAUAUCAACCUCAAUGAUAGUAUGUACAGUAAUCACAUUAAUAUAUCGGUAGAUGGAUUAAAGUUUGCAGAGGAUGGGAGCGAACCUAAUAAUGAUGACAAAAUGAAUGGGCACAUCCAUGGGCCUCUUGUGAAACUGAAUGGAGAUUACCGGACUCCUGCAGUUAGGAAAGGAGAAUCUCUGCACCCAGUCUCUGAUCUCUUCAGUGAGCUCAACAUAUCAGAAAUGCAGAAAUUGAAGCAGCAACUUGUGCAGGUGGAGAGAGAAAAAGCUAUUCUCCUGGCCAACCUUCAGGAGUCCCAGACGCAGCUAGAACACACAAAGGGAGCCCUGACUGAGCAACACGAGCGGGUCCAUAGGCUCACAGAGCACGUCAACGCCAUGAGGGGACUGCAGAGCAACAAGGAGCUGAAAGUAGAGCUGGACUGUGAGAAGGGCCGAGACUCUGGCGAGGAAACGCAUGACUAUGAAGUAGACAUCAAUGGCCUGGAGAUCCUAGAGUGUAAAUACAAAGUGGCCGUGACAGAAGUGAUCGACCUUAAAGCUGAGAUAAAGGCCUUAAAGGAGAAAUACAAUAAAUGUGUGGAAAACUACACAGAAGAAAAGGCGAAGUAUGAGAGCAGGAUCCAGAGGUAUGAUGAGCAGGUGACGAACCUGGAAAAAUCAACUAAGGAAAGUUACGAGAAAAUGGUUCACAUAGAAAAAGAGUUGCAAAGGAUGACGAGCAUAGCGAAUGAAAACCAUAAUACCCUCAACACAGCCCAGGAUGAGCUGGUGACAUUUAGUGAGGAGCUGGCUCAGCUCUAUCACCAUGUAUGUUUGUGUAAUAAUGAAACUCCCAAUAGGGUCAUGUUGGACUAUUACAGGCAAAGUAGAGUCACUCGUAGUGGGAGCCUGAAGGGACCUGAUGAUCCUAGGGGGCUCCUGUCUCCACGGCUCACCAGAAGAGGAACGGCAUCCCCGGUAGAAGCCAGGACCCCAACUGAGCAUGUUUCGAAAGAGAGCAUAGAGGCUGGCAAAGAACAAAGUCCAACCAAGACACCUACGAUUUCUCCUGUCAUCACGGCCCCUCCUUCCUCUCCCGUCUCUGACACCAGUGACAUACGCAAAGAGCCAAUGAAUAUCUACAACCUAAAUGCAAUAAUACGGGACCAAAUCAAGCACCUGCAGAAGGCUGUAGAUCGGUCACUGCAGCUGUCACGCCAGCGUGCGGCAGCACGUGAACUAGUGCCCAUGAUUGAUAAGGACAAGGAGGCCUUAAUGGAAGAGAUACUGAAACUGAAGUCCCUGCUGAGUACAAAACGGGAGCAGAUAGCAACCCUGAGGGCAGUGUUGAAAGCCAACAAACAGACAGCUGAAGUGGCACUGGCCAAUCUGAAGAAUAAAUAUGAGAAUGAAAAAUCAAUGGUGACUGAAACCAUGACCAAACUGCGAAAUGAAUUAAAGGCUUUGAAAGAAGAUGCAGCAACCUUCUCAUCCUUGAGAGCAAUGUUUGCAACCAGGUGUGAUGAGUACGUCACACAGUUGGACGAGAUGCAAAGACAGUUGGCAGCUGCAGAGGAUGAGAAGAAGACCUUAAACUCUCUAUUGCGGAUGGCUAUCCAGCAAAAACUUGCCCUCACCCAGCGACUGGAGGAUUUAGAGUUCGAUCAUGAGCAGUCCCGACGCAGCAAAGGCAAGCUUGGAAAGAGCAAGGACAGCCGCUCUAAAGUAAGUGAGGAAGCAUCAGCCACCGUGCCAACCAUAGACACUUUCCUCCUGCAUAGUCAGGGCCCACAGCAACCAAACUUACUGGUCAGCAGUGGCACUCAGAGGAAAAGACUAUUCUCACCUUCCCCUUGUGAUCAGAGCCAUCCCAGGACUUCAGGGACCUACCUACAGAAUAUAUUAAGAGCCCCCCUUGAUCCCACCUCCACAGAAUCAUUUCUUCUGAGGGGCCCCCCUUCCAUGAGUGAACUCAUCCAUGAGUACCGUCUCAGCAAGGAAAAAAGGUUAACCGUGGCCAUACCAGAUUAUCAGCAGCCUGCUGCCUCCAUACCACUACGCGGCUCACAACUAGCCAGGGGGCCAGACUGCCAGACUGUCAGUCCUAAUGUAGCCCUUCCAGAAGAGCAGCCACAUUCCAGCUCUCAGUGUGCCCCGCUCAACUGUCUCUCCAAGCCUCCUCCUUAUCCCUAAUCUUCAGAUGCAACAUAAGAGAAAAAACAAACAAACAAACGAGUGGAGCACACACAACAAAGGUAUAAGUUGCUCCCAAGGAUCCAGUAGACAAUCCUGCCUUGUUGCUGCGUUGACAACUCUGGAUUCAUAUCCAAUGUUUUGGCAACCGAGUGUUGGUUGAGAAGAAGAACACAAAGCACAGAGCCCUGCCUGUCAAGAUGACUUUUUAUGGUUCCUCUAAUUAUAUUCAAACUUUGCUAUCACACCUGAAGUUUAGUGAAAUUUAACAAAGUGACAAAAUGUUCCUCCCAGCUGCUUGGCUUUACUCUGAAAUAUUGAGUGACUUAAGCCAAUAUUUUAAAAAAAUAUGUUACAAAAUCCUAUUUUCACAUUCUCCACGUUCAGCCAUAUGAACCAGUUCAGAUUUUCUUUUCUGUCAUUCAGGGUGUGAUAUUUAUUUUUACUUUAUUUGCACCAUAAUUUUGUGUUUAUAAAAUGUGGUCCUUGUUUUGGGGAUUUUUUGUUUUGUUUUGUUUCUCCUUUUGGUGAGAGUUGUAUUUAAUUCAUUUUAUUUUUAAAAGACAGCCAGAAAUAACUUAAGUUAAGAAUGGUUGAGUUAGUAUUUAAAAAAAAUGAUGAUUGUUACCUUGGCCAGAGAGUAUGGCCUAUUCUUUUUAUUGCACAAAAACAUUGAAAAUGGGGUGAAUUGGAAUGUUAACAGUGACUUUGUAUUUUGCUGCUGCACUGAUAUUGUUUAUGCACUUGUUUUCUAAUUUCUAUUACACUAGCUGCUGGUUUUGUUCUAGGUCUUCACUGGAAGCUAAUUAUUAAACCUAAGAAGGAGAUUAAAGAAUGAUGCUUUGAUUUUCUUUCAGUUAUUUGCAUUUUAAGUAUAUUUUUGCAUUUCAGACAAGUUGAUGAAUUGGUGCUUUUUCUGGGGGGUGGGGGUGGGGAGGGUUCUGUUUGGUAUCUGAGAAGGAAAAGCUAAAACAACGUGAAGUAAAAUGUUGUGUAUUGAUUAAAAUCUUCAGUUUUUUUCUCCUGCUCCCAAAUUGAGGGUACUAGUUUGAGGCCUUACCAGUGAAAGGAUAAAGAGUAAGAAUGGUGAGGUUAUAUACAUUUAGCGUGAGAUUUUCUAUGGUGAAAUACCUCAUGCAUGUAGGGUUAAUGGCUUGGAUUGAAACUGGCAGGAUUUUACUGUAGUGCAUUUUUUCCCUUGCCAAAUAUUAACAAAUACAGAACCUUAGCUCAUUGUCAGUUUAUGACAAAUACUCAGGUGACCUAUGGUGCACAGCGUUCCUAGUUAAAGAUUCUCUCCUCUAAACGCUGAAUAAAGCUGUGUUGCAGAGUAGUGGAUUUUCAUAGCAAAAUGAAGGAUAGCUGAAUUUAUUUUGCACAGAAUCUGACAGCAAGGCAAGUAGCUAAAUAAGCUGUGGUGUUUUAGCACCUUUGGGCUUCUUAUCUGAUCAUCAAGAUGGAAAAAUACAAGUACUGCCCAUUCGUUGCUAAUUAGCACACUCCUUGCUCUUGGUCAGUGGCCUUAAUUUAUUUAAAGAAGACAGGAGUUGAUAUUUCCAUGUUUCUGUCUGUUCCUUCUCUGCAGUGUUAAUAUGAUCCACAAGAUGGAAAUACAAAUACGGCUUACUAUUUGCAGCAAUUAAAAAAGAAAAAUUGUUGCAUAUAUAGUUGGAAUAAUUCAAUAUAACUGAAUCUGAGGAAAUGAACACAGUCCUCCAAUACUAACAAUGCUUACCAAAUGUAAUAACAUACAGUACAUAAGUGGAGGAAAGAAUCAGUGGCCAAUCAGUGUGCCUAACAAUCAUUACCAUAGUACCAGUAAUGAAGGUGCUGUAAAUAGAAGUAUUCUAAUGUAAUCAACAAUGUACACUAUAUAACCUUGUCAGAGCCAUUGAGCUAAUAUAACAAAACGUGUAGAAUCGGAGGUGGAGAAAAAUAGAAACAAAUUCAUGUAAAAGUCUGAUCAUACCAACCUAACAACUCUUUGCACUGUUUCUAUAUACGUUUCCAAGAUGUUCACAUGAUCCUUCUUGUACUGCAUUCACAUAACUAUUUAGUGCCAUACUUAACCUACUCUUCUAACAGAAAAGUCAGAUAAAACUUGUUUAGCAUUAUCAUGCUGUUUGGCACUAAGAUUAGCUGCUAUGUAGAUUUUUAUUAAAGAACUGUUUUGUCUGGGCAAAUGAUACCUUUAAAAAGCACCUCAGAACACCUGACGAUGUUAGAUCAGUGUAUUAUUAUUCCUCAGUGGUAGCAUCUGUGUCCAACAAAGAUAGCUACUGCAUAUCAGUUAAGUGAGAAAAGAAUUAGCAUUGCCACAUUGUAUACAGUUGCUGUAAACUGUAUUAGAAUAUUAUCUCCCUUUUCAUAUCCAAACAUCUGUUGAAACUACAAAGAAUAUUUCUUCUCCCUAAUUUAAAAACAAAUUUAAAAAAAUCCUAUGUUUUAGUUUCUUUUUAUAUAGAUAUGAAUCUGUGGAGAAAAUACUUGUUUUGAAAUAUUCAUUCAAUAGUAUAUUCAUUUUUAAUUGUGAUUUGCAAAGUAAAAUUAACAACUCUGAAAUACUGUAAAGGUAUGCCUGUUUGGAUCAAGAGUUAUAGAAGGGUGUUCCAUGGAUUAGAAAUUUUGAUCAUGUUUUACAGAAAUAAGUGGGUUUUUUUAAAGUUUUGAUUCUCUUGUAAUGCUUUAAUUUAAUUCCUAAUCAAUUUAUAAUUUUUUAAAUAUAAUAAAGCAAGAAUACGUGCUUGAAAUUUAAGAGAUCUAGGAAAGAACCAACUUAAAUGUAAAAAUGACUGUGGUUAUUGCAUUGUAAGAAAUAAAGCUUUGUAGGCCCCA